AUGGAUGCAUCUCCUUCUUCUUCUUCUUAUUUGCCUCAAUGGAAUUGUGAUGUCUUAUUGAGUUUUAGAGGUGAAGAUACCUGCAAGAAAUUUGUGGACCAUCUCUAUAUGGCUCUGCAACAGAAAGGAAUUCACACCUUCAAAGAUGAUGAGAAACUUCAGAGAGGAAAAUCGAUUGCUUCUGAGCUCCUCAAGGCAAUUAAAGAAUCGAAAUUUGCAAUAAUCAUUUUUUCAAAAAACUACGCAUCCUCCUCAUGGUGUUUGGAUGAACUUGUAGAGAUUAUUAAAUACAGGAAUAAAGUGGGACAAAAAAUUUUGCCAAUUUUCUACAAUGUCGAUCUGUCACAAGUACGGAAACAAAAUGAAAGUUUUGCAGAAGCAUUUGCCAAACAUGAGGAAAAUUUUGGAGACGACAUGGAAAAGGUUCAAAAGUGGACGGCAGCUUUGGUAGAGGCAGCAUAUUUAAGCGGGUGGGAUUUGAACGAUGUAGCAAAUGGGCAUGAGGCGAAAUUUAUCCAAAAAAUUGUUCAAGAGAUUAUAAAAAAAUUGGAUCAUAUACCUUUAUAUGUUGCCAAGUAUGAAGUGGUGAUAGAUUCUCGUGUCAACAAAGUGAUUGCUUUGCUAAAUAAUGGGUCAAAGGAUGCGAUUCUUGUGUCAAGAAAGUGA